UGACUCACAACAUGAAAGGCGUUCCAGAUGUAGUAGCUAGUUAGCUUAUCUUAGCUUAGCUUAGCUUUGCAUGCUAGCGCCGGACUUCCAACUCCCUUUGACAAGAAAGGCUAUGGCGGACAAGUCCUUAAGUUCACUCUCGAUGACGAUUUUGUCGCACACUGUUUUUAAAAACGAGACUGAUUAAAAAUAAUAAUAAUUACUGGGUGUCUGAGCAGGCCUUUGUUGUCAUCUAUAUACCGAGCUAAGCAGCUGACCAAGUACUCCACCUCUUCUUGAGUCCUUUUUUUUUGCAUUUGCAGCUAAUUGCUAAUGACAAUAAUUACUACUGUUUAAUUCAAAAUGUUAACAAUCCUGUUAAGAAAAAAACCUUGGCUGGGACAGCUGUCGUGGCUAACUAGCUAAAGAAGAACUGUAUUCAUGUCGUGUAAUAAAGGAAUCAUCUUCAUGUUUUUUGGAUUGACAGAAUGAACGGCACACAGCAAAAUGAUGUGAAAAGACAGCACCUUCUUGAGAGACUGCUGGAUGCAGUUAAACAGUGCCAGAUCCGCUUUGGUGGAAGGAAGGAGAUAGCGUCAGACUCUGAUAGCAGAGUUAUAUGCCUGUGUGCCCAGUUCGAGGCCGUGCUUCAUCACGGCUUGAGAAAGAGCCGCGGCCUCGCGCUUACAGCCGCCGCCAUCAAGCAGGCCGCAGGCUUCACCUGCAAGACAGAAGCAGAGCUCACCUUCUGGUGCUACGUGAAGGAGCACCUGAACAGGCAUGAGCUACAGCGCUUCUACUCACUGUGUCGCAUCUCGUCCGAGCUGGGCCGCGGGCGCGCGUGGCUCCGCUGCGCGCUCAACGAGCACUCCCUGGAGCGCUCCCUGCACACACUGCUGGCUGACCGGCCCCGCCUCAGUGCCUUCUAUGAAGAAUGGGCUUUUAUCCUUGAUGAAGAGAGAGCAAGCAUGCUGCCCACCAUGGCUGCAGGCCUCAACUCCAUCCUGUUCGCCAUCAACAUCGACAACGCGGACCUGAACGGGCAGGUUCGGGCUGGCCCAUCUGUCUCCCACCUGCUAAAGGGCUCCACGCAGGGCAUGAGCAGCCUGUGGAAGGAGUCAGCGCAGGGCGUCAGCACGCUGCUCAGGGAGAUCGGCACGGCCACGGGCGGCGUGCCUGGCUUCGCCCCACGCCCGGACUGCCCCUCCGACCCGUUACCUGUACUGCCUCGCAGCACCUUCGCAGAUGCGGGUUUGAGGAAGGAGCGCCGCCGCAAGAAGAAAAUCACCAACAUCAUCUCGUUCGAUGACGACCUGGAUGUGGGAGUGGAGGAUGAGGAGGAAAGCGCAGACGGAGCAGGUGGAGCCGCGAGGAAGAGUGUGGCAGCCCGUGAGAGCACGGAGGGAGCGAUGGAGCAGGCCGGGCCGCCAGCCACUCACAAUGGGCUGCCCGAGGCCGAACAUGGCAUCGUGAGCUGGGCUGAAACCCCACCGCAGAACGGCCUCUUCCCUGACACUAAGAGCGUCGACAAUGACGAAGACGAUGAUGAGGAUUUUUACGGCAAAUGCCAGCCAGAGCUUCAGGAGGAGCCUCAGAGUGGAGAACAGGUUGUGGUUGGGAGCUUGUCUAGUGUGUCGACAUGGAGUCCUAGACAGAUCAUUAAGGAGACUGACAACGACAGCUCAGACAUGCUCAUCCCCGUCACUGCAUCUGAGCCCAUCUCCCAGCAGCGUCUAAGCAGCACGCCCUGCCAGCCGGCCCUCACUCCCUCGUCGCCGUCUGUUGCCAGCUCUGUGGAGAUGCUGGGACUUCACAGGCACACACAGAGCUCAGGUCCACCCGCUGACUCGGAGAACCUGAAAGCUCAGACCCAGUUCAGCAUGGAGCCCAGUGCUUCACUGCAGGAUGCAUCUGUGUCCAGUAUGCUGGUCACUGUGGGCCUACCUGACUCCAUGACUGUGGUUGAACUACGUCAAGCCAUCUUGGCCAUGAUGAACAGGAAAGACGAACUCACUGAGCAGAACACGUCUCUGCGGAGUCUGCUGGACGGCGAGAUGGAGCACUCGGCCGGCCUGAGGCUGGAGCUGGACGGCCUGAGGACCAAGCUGGCCGAGCUGGAGGAGAGACAUGCUGCCAGAGUCCACGCCCUUGGGAGGGAAAACGAGGUCCUGAAGGUCCAGCUGAAGAAAUAUGUGGGCGCUGUCCAAAUGCUGAAGAGAGAAGGAAGCCAAGGCAUGGACCUGCUCCCCACGCUGAGGAGCUGCGACGCCUCUGUCCUACCGGCCCCCAACCGCUCUGUGGCAGACGUGGAGGAGCUGGCAGCCAGCUAUGAGCGCAAGCUCAUCGAGGUGGCCGAGAUGCAUGGCGAGCUGAUCGAGUUUAACGAGAGGCUGUAUCGGUCACUCAUGGCUAAAGACAUCCUGAUUGGCCAGAUGAGACAGGAGCUCAUCGACCUGCGAGGGCCAGUGCCCGGGGACCUGAGCCAGACCUCUGAUGAUCCCAGCCUGUCCGACUUUGAGAUAGCUCAGCGGGCUCUCAUCAACGUGUGGAUUCCUUCCGUGUUCCUCCAAGGUCGUGCCGCCAACGCCUACCACGUGUACCAGUUGUAUAUCAGGAUCAUGGACAACGAGUGGAACGUUUACCGGCGCUAUGCUGAGUUCCGAGCGCUGCACUAUCAGCUGCGGGCGCAGUUCCCCCAGGUCGACACCUUCAACUUCCCUCCCAAAAAAGCCAUCGGAAACAAGGAUGCUAAGUUUGUGGAGGAGCGGCGGAAGCAGCUGCAGGGUUACCUGCGCAUGGUGAUGAACAAACUGAUCCAGACACUCCCUGAGUUCACCGCCCAGCCCAGCAAGGACACACUGCUCCAGCUGCUGCCCUUUUGCCAGGACACACCGAGUGCCAACGACGGUGGGACCAAAACGGCCCGGCCGAAGUCCUCGGCACGCCACUCCCGCCUGGGCCGCGGUUCGGGCCGCGAGGCCCGCAACCCUGAGCCCCAGAGCGGUGACCUUUAACCUCCCGCUCGCAGGAGCUGCAGUGGGAGAGCUGCUUCCCUCUGACCUGUGGGCUUUAGGAAAGGGAAAAGAGGACAGCGGUCUCCACCUUCGGGACUCGCGGUUAGAGCUGUGCUCGGCCGAGUUCACGAUGCACGGGAGUGCCUCAGGGACAGAGUCCGGCACCCACUUCGGUUCCUGUCUCUGGGUUUUGUGGUGGAGCGUUCUGUUACUGUGGUGCUUAGAGUUGAUCAGGGCAAAGCAGGAUGUAACUCUUACAUGAACGUUACGGUAAAACAACUUGCACAUGGUCCUCUACUCCACUCUACCAAAAUAAAGGGGACAUACUUUUUAAAAAAAUAUAAUUUCCUACCAUUCUGUAUUAUAUGUCAGGUGCAGUAACAUAUUACAGUACUCUUAAGUGACAGCGUAAUAGCUGAACAAAACCAAUCAUCUUUUUUUCCCCCCAGUGCUUAAAUGUCCAUGGUGUAUUCAGGAAAAAAAAUAUGUGGCUUGUAGCGAAACAUCUGACGACGGUGUAAACUUGAAUAUGCUGCUUGGGUUAACUGAAUGUUUAUGUAUUGGCCCAUGAGGUCAGGGUAAAGGGAACUGUUUUUACCCCCACGGCGGAAAUGUCUCGGAUCUACACUCGUCUCUGCUGACCCAGUGUUUUGUAAGACGAUGCCAGCCACACAGGGCAGAGUGGCGCCUGGCUAACAGUGAUUACGUCAGUGGACGGAACUCCUCUGAAGGAAUGAACAAAUCCCAUUCCUGUGAGCGCAGCGGAACGCCCUGUGUGCACAUAAGGAACGCGUUAUCCAUUUUAUUUGGCUCCCUAUGACAAAUUACAAUGUCACUGCUUAUUGACUGUUAAACUCGUAAUGUACAUUGAAAUGAAAUCGUAUUCAAAUGAGUACAUUGUUGAAAUGCAUUGCACAUGUAAUGGCAUGGCCAUUAGUCCGCGUUAGCGCUCUGUUUGUCUGUUAGGACCUGUUGCCAUAACUCAGCUCCUUUAAGCUCUACAUGUUUUGCAGUCUUUUGUACUUAUGCAGCACUCAGCAGACAGGACCCGGUGGUUCAUCUUAAGUGAAGCAGCUCCUGUACCCGGGUAGAUUCACAGUUAUCAGCCGUCUUGCAGUGCCAUGGCCGCCAGCCUUAAACCAGUAAGAAGAUUGAAAUGAAUACAUGAAUAUAUAUGUAAAGUACAAUAAAAUACAACUUUGCUACA